AUGGAUCAAGUGAGGGAAGGUAUGUCUCCUUAUUAUAAGUGUUCUUGGGUGCCCGAGAAAUGCAAUAUAUUUGUGUGGAGAUCUAGGCUUGAUCGGAUCCCUACUAGACAAGCUCUAGCUAGGCGUAACAUCCAUAUUGUUUCGGUCGAUUGUGUGUUUUGUGGGGAAACGGCCGAAUCGGUGGACCACUUGUUUACGGCUUGUGAGAAAUCCAUGAGGGCGUGGAAUCGGUUUUGUGCGUGGGCUAAUAUCCCCCACAUCUUGGCGUUUUCUUUCGGUGAUCUAGUUGAUCAUUACAAGAGCUGCCCUGGGAAUAAGGAUUACAAAGAGGUUAUUAAGGGGCUUAUUGUCGUGGCUUGUUGGUGUAUAUGGAAAGCGAGGAAUGCGAAGUUUUUCUCGAGUAUGGAGAGUAGUUGGGGUGAGAUUUUUAGGGAGAUUAGGACUCUUGGCUUCUUUUGGUUAAAAAAUAGAUCGAAGCAUUGUAAUAUUGAAUGGAUAGAGUGGUGUAAAUCCCCGUUGUAUAUGUUCUAG